UGCAAAAAAGUCGGUAUCCUGCGGACCAAUCCCAGCGCGGCAGUGUCGUCACCUGGCGGCGCGUGCGUAACGUGGUCCGUUUUCUCACAUCACCGAUCGGAAGCCGGAGCGGCGAGCUUCGGGUUCCGGCUCAGUCUGAGGAUGGUGUUUCGGCGGCUGCUGGCGGUCUUGCUGCACAGCCCGCAGCUGGUGGAACGCCUGUCGGAGUCGCGGCCCAUCCGGCGUGCGGCGCAGCUCACCGCCUUCGCGCUGCUACAGGCCCAGCUGCGCGGCCAGGACGCGGCCCGGCGCCUGCGAGGCCUCACGGCUGGGCCCGCGAGCUCCCUGGGCCGCCGCGCUGCCCGCUUCAAAGACACCUUCACUCAGGAGCUACGCCGUGGACUUCGGGAACGCCCGAGAUCACCACCGGGUAGCCAGAGGGGCCCGGGCGCAAACCCCUAAAGCUGGGUUGGGCCGAGCAGAGGUCGCCGGAUUUCCCUUCUGGGAUCGACACAGGCCUCGGCGCUAAGGAGUCAUCCCGGGCACUGCGCACUGCUUUGAAUCCUGACUCAUUCUGAUUGUCAACCUACAGAGCCCCACUCAUCAUAGAGCCCAGGCCAAAACGACAUCCCGGAUGUAACCCUGUGAUCGGACAGGGCACAGUGUGUGAAGAAAGCCUUUGAAACUCAGCAGAUGUGAACAUAUGCUAGGCCCUGAUGCACCAGGUACAGAGAGCCAUGGACCACAGCCCGAAAGUGAAUCUGCCCUCUGUGAAUGGGACUGAAACUGGUGAUAGAUGAUGCUGCCUCGGCACUGAUGGAGUAGGGCACUAGUUCCACGGAGAUCAUGGAUGGAAAGACAACUCUGCAGCUGCCAAAGUCCUCUAAUUAAAUGUGUGAGCUGA